AUGUACCUCGACACGCCCGAAUUCCUCACGCUGGCGCUACACGUACUCGCCGGCCUCGCCAUUCCGGAGCACGUCUUCGGCGCCUACUGUAUUCUGUUCAAGACCCCCGACUCGAUGAAAUCCGUCAAAUGGCCCAUGCUCAACUUUCAUUUCUGGUCCGUUUUUCUGGAUUUCGGUCUCAGCACGCUCGCCGCUCCGUUGACACUCUGGCCCGUUUUCGGUGGUGUUCCAUUCGGAAUUCUCACGAAAUAUUUCAAUGUUCCGCCGGCGUAUCAAAUUUACCUGCUCACUUCUUUGAUUGGCGGUCAGUUUUUCAAGAAGCAUCAACAGUGGGAAACAAGUUGUGUGUUUCAGUCGUCGCCGCGUCAAUUCUCACCAUCUUCGAGCAUCGCUACUACUCAUUAUUCACAAAUAAUGAGACGAACAACGUGUGGCGCCGUCUACGCAUUCCGUUUUUGAGCGCCAACUAUGGGAUGGCUAUCACUGUGCUCGUGUACCCGUGCAUGAAUUGUCCCGAACAAACGUCGGCGCGGCAAGCGGCUCUUCACGUAUUAAUGGUCCGUUUCAGUUAGACGCUCCACGAAAAGUGUUCAGAUCCUGCCGAAACUGCCCAGCUACAUUCACGAAGAGGACAUAUUCGUGUGGUCCGAGGACAUUUGGCUCAUAAUAAUAUUGACGACUGUCGCCGGACUGCUCGUCAUUUUCGAAUGUCUUUUCUUUCUCUGGCGUGUUUUGCGCCGCAUGAAUCUUCAAUUCCAGCAGUGUUCGCUGUCGUUGAACAGUUACAAACUUCAGCAAAAGUUCAUUCGAGCUAUCAGAAUUCAGGUAACGUUAAUGCGUUAAAACACUCGAAACAUUCUCAUUUUCAACAGAUUGGAAUACCAAUAGCCAUCCUAGUGGGACCGAUGCUCUACGUGGCGUUCUCUUCCGUUUUCCUCUAUUACAAUCAAAUGUUGAACAAUCUGUGUAUUAUAAUUGCGUCAACUCAUGGACUACUGUCAACGAUUACGAUGCUCAUCAUUCACAAACCGUAUCGAGACGUGUGCUCUGGCCUUUUUCGUGCUCUUCUACGUACUCGAAAAAAGAAGCUCAAAUUUCAACCAAAUUGUUUUCAGCUUAGUUCAAAUUAGAAUGAAUAUAGUAAUGAAACAUUCAAAUAUGGCCCCUUUUUCUUAUUAGCCCACAGGUUUAUCACAAAGUUCAUUGUAGUAUUGUUGAACUGCAAGCAUUGGAGUUCGACAGACUAGUUUUGACUCAGUUUGACUUAGAAACCAGGGCCUUGAAGAGAGUAUGAAGCUUCUAGACAAAUCAUAAAGUCCAGGACUACUAAACCGAGAGGGAGUUCGAUUCGGAAACUCGUCUUGUUGAUGCAAUCAACUUUUUGAAUAAUAAGAUAACGGAAAUUAGUUGCCCCCUCCCCCUAUCGAAUCUCAUUCGACGAUACACUGCGCUCGUGAGUCGUCGAAUGGAAUGGGAAACCGUUCGAAUUGCAGUCAUCAAGUACUGUGCCAUCGUCGCUUUCCUCACCAAUACCGUAAUCAUUGUCUUGAUAUGCUUCAAAUCGCCCAAAUCAUUGGGCAACUACAAAUAUCUCAUGAUUUGCAUUGCCUUCUUCGAGUUCUUUUACGCCGUUCUCGACGCUCUUACCUCACCGGUAACUGGCAUCUUUCUUUGAAAAUUUAGAAAAUCAAUUAAGGAAGAUCACACUGAAUUCUCUGGAUUCGUCAUAGUAAUCGACUCGAACCACACCGUCCUACCUUCUUGGCUUUUGCCGAUUUGCGUGUGUAAGUGGCUUGCUUCUAGUAUAACACAACAAAACGAAUCUAUCAUUCAGUGCUCUAUUGUGCAGCUUUUGGAAUAUCUCUUGCCAUUUUCGCAGUUCAUUUUGUCUUUCGAUAUUUAGUUUUGAGUCGGUAAGUAGAUUUCCACUUUUUUGUAAAUCAAAAUAAACAAAACGAAUGACAGCAACAACAAAUGGACUUCCUCGAAACCGUCAAACUUCAUACUCUGGCUCUCAGUUCCACUCGGCGUCGGAUUCUUUUACACAGCCGCUUGUGUUUACUUUCUGGGACCCACGGAGACGACAAAUGGACAGUUUUUGAUGUACAUUCCAAUGUUAAACCGUUGUAAGACACCUAGUUUCAGUGAGCACGUUUUCAACGGUUCAAGUGAGCGGAUUCAUGAGUUCGCCUACGUUGGUCCUUAUUUGUAUCCUAAAGAUGAGGAUGGAGAAGUGUUUGUCAACUGGCAUCAUAUAAUCGGACUGGCGGUUGCUACCGGACUGUUGGUGAGUUCACAUAAACUAAUUGUUAGGAUUGAUUAAAGGAGGCAAGAGUCCGAACUCAUGUACUUUCUUCAGAUCUUCUCCUGCCUCUUCAUGCUCUACUUCGGCUUCAAAUCCUAUCGUCAAAUCCAACUUCUCGCCCAUCUCUCCACGAGCUCCUCCAGUUUCCGGUCCCUCCAAAUCCAACUGUUCCUCGCGUUGAUCAUCCAAACCAUCAUCCCACUCGCAUUAAUACACGUUCCCUGCGGCCUCGUGGUACUUUUCUGUCUCGCCGACUCUUCAUUCGAGACGCUCGGACGCCUUCUUUGUCUCACAGUUGCAAUGUAUCCGGCCAUCGAUCCGUUGCCCAAUAUGUUGGUUAUUCAGCCCUAUCGGAAGGCGCUCAUAGGUAAAAGUCAGAGAGUAAUAUGUAGAGAGGAACAUGCUUUUUCCAGGGUGUCUCCAGAAAUGUAUGUGUUUUUUACAAAGCAAGAGAAACGUGGAAACGAUUUCUGGACAUUUUGUCACUAUUCCUUCUGUUCAUUGA